AGAGAGCGCCUGCGCACUGUGCUCUGUCGCUGUGUGAGCCGCAGUCUCUGGAGCGUUAAGGUGUUUCGAUCGCUUGUGGCCAACCUCGCCCCCAAACCUGGUGUUGUUGGGCUGCAUCCGGAGCGGGGACGUUGGCGGAGCACCGGACGCGGCCACCAUGCCGAUCAAUAAAUCUGAGAAGCCGGAAAGCUGUGAUAACGUGAAGGUGGUUGUUAGGUGCCGGCCUCUCAAUGAGAGAGAGAAAGCCAUGUGCUAUAGACAGGCCGUCAGCGUGGAUGAAAUGAGGGGCACUAUCACCGUCCAUAAGACCGACUCCUCCAACGAACCUCCGAAGACAUUUACUUUUGAUACGGUUUUUGGACCAGAAAGUAAACAACUUGAUGUAUAUAACUUAACUGCAAGACCAAUUAUUGAUUCUGUUCUGGAAGGCUACAAUGGGACCAUCUUUGCAUAUGGACAGACUGGGACAGGCAAGACUUUCACCAUGGAAGGUGUCCGCGCAGUGCCAGGGCUCAGAGGGGUUAUCCCCAACUCCUUUGCUCACAUAUUCGGUCACAUCGCAAAGGCAGAGGGCGACACAAGGUUUUUGGUUCGAGUGUCGUACUUGGAGAUAUAUAAUGAGGAAGUUCGAGACCUUUUGGGUAAAGAUCAGACACAGAGGUUAGAGGUUAAGGAAAGGCCUGACGUGGGAGUAUAUAUCAAAGAUUUAUCUGCGUAUGUCGUUAACAACGCUGACGACAUGGAUCGAAUCAUGACUCUAGGCCACAAAAACCGUUCUGUUGGUGCGACUAACAUGAACGAGCACAGCUCCCGAUCCCACGCCAUCUUUACAAUCACUAUAGAGUGCAGCGAGAAAGGCGUGGAUGGAAACAUGCAUGUCAGGAUGGGGAAGCUCCACCUUGUAGAUCUCGCUGGGUCAGAAAGACAAGCAAAAACUGGGGCCACAGGACAGCGCCUCAAGGAAGCUACCAAAAUCAACCUUUCAUUGUCCACCCUGGGCAACGUCAUUUCUGCCUUGGUGGACGGAAAAAGCACUCACGUGCCAUAUCGGAACUCUAAACUGACCCGUCUCCUGCAGGAUUCCUUAGGCGGGAACUCAAAAACCAUGAUGUGUGCAAAUAUUGGGCCAGCAGAUUAUAAUUAUGAUGAAACCAUCAGUACUUUGCGGUAUGCCAACCGUGCCAAGAACAUUAAAAACAAAGCUAGAAUUAAUGAAGACCCAAAGGAUGCUCUGCUUCGCCAGUUUCAGAAAGAAAUAGAAGAGUUGAAGAAAAAGCUUGAGGAAGGGGAAGAAGUGUCAGGAUCUGACAUCAGUGGGUCAGAGGAAGAUGACGAGGAGGGUGAACUUGGAGAAGAUGGAGAAAAAAGGAAAAAGAGAAGGGGCAGUAGCAGCAGCAGUAGCUCAGACUCCACAUGUUCUGUCAUAGAGAAGCCCCUGGAUGAGUUCUUGCCUCACCAAGCAGGUAAAAAGAAAGUUUCCCCAGAUAAGAUGGUGGAAAUGCAAGCGAAAAUUGAUGAGGAGAGAAAAGCACUGGAAACCAAACUUGACAUGGAAGAAGAAGAAAGGAACAAAGCUCGAGCUGAGCUAGAGAGGCGGGAGAAGGACCUUCUGAAAGCCCAACAAGAACAUCAGUCUUUGCUGGAAAAACUGUCUGCUUUGGAGAAGAAGGUCAUUGUCGGUGGUGUGGACUUGUUGGCCAAAGCUGAGGAGCAAGAGAAGCUUCUUGAGGAGUCCAACAUGGAGCUGGAGGAGCGGAGGAGAAGAGCUGAGCAACUUCGGAAAGAACUAGAGGAAAAAGAGCAAGAACGCUUGGACAUCGAGGAAAAAUAUACCAGUCUGCAAGAGGAGGCACAAGGAAAGACCAAGAAAUUAAAGAAAGUCUGGACCAUGCUGAUGGCUGCAAAGUCAGAGAUGGCUGAUCUCCAGCAAGAGCAUCAGAGGGAAAUUGAAGGCCUCCUGGAGAACAUCCGGCAGCUCAGCCGUGAGCUUCGGCUACAGAUGCUCAUCAUUGACAACUUCAUACCUCAGGAUUACCAGGAAAUGAUUGAAAACUACGUCCACUGGAAUGAAGACAUAGGAGAAUGGCAGCUAAAAUGUGUGGCCUACACAGGAAAUAACAUGAGGAAACAAACUCCAGUCCCUGACAAGAAGGAGAGAGACCCAUUUGAAGUAGACCUUUCCCAUGUGUACCUCGCCUAUACAGAGGAGAGUCUUCGUCAGUCUCUGAUGAAGUUAGAAAGACCACGGACCUCCAAGGGGAAAGCAAGGCCAAAGACAGGGAGAAGGUAAAGAAAAUACUUGUGGGCCAACAUACGAUGCAGACUCAACUCUGUAACAGAAUCAAGGCCUGGAAAAAAACCCUGUAGUUUCCUCAGAAAUAAGAAAACAUGCAAUGCUUCAUGAGAGGCAUGCAGUUGAUUGUGCUGGACAGCAACAAAGAAGUGCAUGAGAUACUCCUGUAGGCUCUGCAUCUGCACCUGGGAAAUGGGACUUCUUUCCUGCUUCUCUGAGGCUGCCUGUACCAUUAGCAUCCUUGGAGGAGAUGACCAGAGGGCAUUUCUGAUAAGUUUAGCUGCCACCUGACUGCACCUUGUCUGACCUUGUCUGCGCCCAGCUCCUCACCACUCUGGAACACUGUAUGCUUGCUCUCAGUGACCUACUCGGAAAAAAUGGGUAGCAACCAAACUUUGCCAUGGUCAAGCAUGGGCAGUGUUGGUCCAUUCAUGGAUCCUGGCCACAGAAACUGUUGACAGUUCAGUCCCUUAGGGAAAAUCGCUCACCUUGCGUUUUUUUCUUCUCUUAACAGAAAGCGUUCUGCAAAGCCUGAGACCGUAAUUGAUUCUUUACUUCAGUAAAUGUUACAGAAUUAAAG